AUGGCGAGCAGCUCCGAGCCUGGUGGCCCUAGGCCCCAUGCAUGCGUUCUUUGCCAGAGGAGAAAGGUCAAAUGCGACCGACGUGAUCCUUGUACUAGGUGUGCCAAAGCCCAGGUUGAGUGUGAAUAUCGGGAUCCCCUGCCGCCUCGGAGGCGAAGAAAGAAAAACUCCGAGGCUACGAUGGCUGAUCGCAUCAGCCGCUACGAAAAUGCAUUGCAAAAGGCUGGCAUCGAUGUGGCUUCGCUCGAAUCCGAUGAUGCCCAGGCUCCUGUCGUUAGGACUGCAACUAGAGAUAAUAUAAAUGACAUGGAUGUGACAAAUGCGGCAGCGCGGGCUCCCUCUGCAGCGUCGGACGUGGCGCGGGAGAACACCCCGAGACAUGGUUCUGGCAGAUUAAUCACGAAGAAAGGAAAGUCUCUUUAUCUUGACAAUCAUUUGUGGAAGAGCGUUAGCCACGAACUUCAAGAUGCCGAAGACAUCAUUUCGGAGGACGAGUCCGAGAAGUCUGCGGCAUCCCAAACGCAGAUUGGAGAAGACUUCAAUAGCAGUUUCCUUUUUGGAUCACGUCAGACUCUUACGCAUUUCCACCCAAACACGAUCCGGAUUUUCAAACUAUGGAACACAUUUCUUGAAGGUGUCAACCCAAUCAUUAAGAUUGUCCAUGUGCCCACGCUACAGAAACGAAUCCUGGAUGCUGCAAGCGACUUGAGCUCCUUGUCGCCCGAGCUUGAAGCUUUGAUGUUUUCUAUUUACUCAACGGCAUUGCUCUGUAUGCAGGAUGACGAGGUAGAGAAAUACUUUGAAGAGUCCAAACCAACGCUUUUGAGCCGAUAUCGACAGUGUACGCAGCAGGCAUUGGUAAAUGCAGGAGUCCUAGGAACUUCGGAGCUAAUGGUUCUUCAAGCAUUUGUUUUAUUCAUCCUUUCUAUCCGGCUAGUAUAUAAUCCACACAUCCUAUGGUCUUUGAGUGGCAUUUGCUUCAGAAUCGGACAACGAAUUGGGCUCCACAAAGAUGGCUCGAAGCUAGGCCUAUCAGUUUUUGAAACGGAGAUGCGUCGGCGACUUUGGUGGGAAGUGACCGUUCUCGACUCAACCAUAGGCCACAUGGCUGGCUGUGAAUCUCAUAUGAGACCGAUGACGGAUACCAAAGGACCAUGUAAUAUCAACGACAGUGCUCUUGACCCUAAUAUGAAAGAAAACCCAGUUGAGUCCUCCGGGCCGACGGAAAUGAUUUUCUGUUUGAUGUGCUAUGAUCUGGGGGCUUGGCUGUCGAGACAUGAGAAUUUAAAGACAUCAUCUUUUGAUGGGCUGUGGGAGUUUUUGAGCUCUACCUCCAUUUCUCUGGAGCACAAGGAUAGUAUUAUUGACGAAAUAGAGGGUCUAUUCGAAGCUAAGUAUAUUCAGCAUUGUGACCUCUCAAUUCCCCUCCAUCUUGUGACCUUUGUGGUUGCCAAAUCCGCUGUGGCCUGCGUCCGGCUUCGCGCGCACCAUCCACGACAGUACCAGGACAAAGGCCUACCGAUACCGCAGGUAGAAAGAGACUUGUUAUUUCGACUAUGUUUAAGCAUUCUGGAAUACACGGAUCUUCUCUUCUCGAGUCCGAAGACCCAAAAGUUUCAUUGGCAUAUUGAUUUUCACUUUCCUUGGGAUGCUUUUAUCGUCAUGCUACUCGAAUUACGCCAUCGCAGCACAGGCGAAGACGCAGCGAAAGCAUGGCAGCUACUCGAUGUCGUAUUCCGCCGGCAAUACAAGGCUCUUAAUCAACGAAGGAAGAGCGCUCUCCACCUUGCUGUCGCCAAUUUGGCGAUCAAAGCAUGGUCGGCCCAGGUCACGGAGUCUGAACGUCGUCAAGUUGACCCUUUACCUCAACCACAAGUCAUCAGCGUGCUAUGGAGAUACGUUAAUCGUGGGACAUCUUCGACUUCGAAUUCUACUUCAACAUCUCCUGCACCAUUUUCCAUGUCAUCGUUCAUGUUGAACAAUAACACGACUGAACGGUCUUUAAGGCCAGCCGAACAAGUUGUUAAAUCACCAUCCCGUGUCUCUGUUACUAGAUCAACAAGUGGCUAUAUCCUUACGAAAGCUGGCAAUGCUGGUAGUUACAAUUAUAACCAAAAUGUUCAGUCAUUGCCGCUUAGUUCACGAGAACGUGAUUCAUAUCCGAUGAUAGAUGGCGAUCAUAACCUGUCUGAUGUGAAUACUAUGUAUUCUAUGGAUGACAGCCCUAUGGACUGGGGCCAAUGGGACACAUUACUUCAACAAUUCCAAGAAUACAGCUCUGGUGAUAUGGAUAUGUUCUGUGCUUCACCGCUAGCAUAG